AUGGAUGAAAUAUUGUAGUAAUUUAUAGAUAGCAAAAGAUAAGCAAAGAAGAUAGAAGAUUUUGCAGACGCUGUAUCAUGCAGUGCCACAGAAAGCUUAGAAGAUUAGGACUAAUCUUUUGAUAGAGGUGCUGAUUUCAACGAUGGAGAAGUAGAUGAUGCUUUAUUGGAUGAACUUAUAGAAUAUUAAACAAACAGAGAGCGUUAAUCAAUUACUGAAGAGUAAAAUGAUCUCAUGAAAACUGAAUUGUAAAAGCCAAUAAGCAACAAUUUAAAUAAAAAAUAACCAACUAGCUUGAGCGGUUUGCAAAAAGGGUUAGGAAACAAAAUAUCUGGACCUUCUUAUGAUUUUAGUAACUCUAAUAAUAUGUAGACAUUAAGCGGCAUUUAUAGUUCAAAUUCUAACAAUAACUCUUAGAACAGCAAUGAGAACUUUAAUUUCAAUAGACAAGGAAAUACUACUCUAAAGCCUACGGGUUUUGAUGCUAUCAAGCUUAAAAAAAAUUAGAAUUAAGAUUAAUAGUAAUAAUAAUAGCAAUAGCAAGUUCUGAAAUUUGUAAAUUAAAAUAGUAAUGGAGGGAUUUAAGUAGAGGCUUCUUUAACAGAUAAAAGAAGAUAAGUAAAUAACUCUAAUGAUAUUGAUAGUUUCAUGUUGAUCAAUAACGGAUAAAAAGAAAAAAAGACAAAAAAUUAAAAUUCUAAAAUAAGUGAGUUGCUUGAGAAGUACAAAGUGAUAGAUUCUAAUUCAAAUACUUAAAAUUUCGAGUCUACUUCGCUUAAUACUUCUCUCAAUACCAAAAAUAAUAAAUUAGAAGUUAAAAAUGGGUUUUAAAAUUUACCACAAAAAACUGAAAAAAUAGGGCUUGCAGCCUAAGCUGUAAAUCAAAGCUCUAACGUACGUUCUAAUUUUACACCUCCUACAAUAGUCAAUAGAAAUAAUUGGACAAAUAAUUUAUCCAAUGGGCCAGGUAGUGCACUCACUGCAUCUUCUACUGCAAAAAAGCAAGCUGACAUAAAGGAUGUUGAUUAUUCAACCUUAGAUUAUUUGAAUUAACCAGAAAGACCAUUUGUUCCUCUUGAAUCUAAAAAUAAAGGAAAACAUGUCUCUAAAAGUAACUAAUACUACACAGUUGCAGAUAUUAAUGAAUAUGCAAUAAAACCACAUCCUUGGGAUCAGAAGGUUAAUGAUAUAUUAGCUAACGUCUAUGGCUAUAAAAAUUUUAGAAAUAAUUAAAGAGCAAUUAUAAAUUGUGUCUUGGAGAAUAAAGAUGUGUUUGCAAUGAUGCCCACUGGAGGUGGCAAAUCUCUUACAUUUUAAAUACCUGGACUUGUCUAAGAUGGAGUUUAUAUUGUUAUUAUGCCUCUUAUUUCACUUAUUUCUGAUUAAUACAAUCACAUGCUUAGGCUCAAUAUUCCAGUUAUCAGAGUUUAAGGAGCUAGGAAGAACUACUAAAGAGAAUUAGAUUCAAUACUUUAUUCAGAUAAGAAUUAGUCUAAAAUUGUGUUAAUCACACCAGAAAAAAUAUCAUCAGAUGAAGAUUUUAACCAAUUUUUAAGCUAAAUUUAUGAAAAAAAUAAAUUGAGAAGAUUUGUUAUUGAUGAAGCUCACUGUGUUUCUUAAUGGGGACACGAGUUUAGAAAAGAUUAUCUUUCUUUAGGAUAGUUAAAAAUAAAAUAUCCAAACAUUCCUACACUUGCUCUAACUGCUACAGCUACUGAAAAGUGCAAAAUAGAUAUUAUUUAACUUCUUAAUAUGAAAGGAACUCUGUAUUUUUAAUCUUCUUUUAAUCGUACAAAUCUUUACUACGAUGUAGUAAGGAUACCCUAAAAAGUAACAAUCGAGCAUAUGGUUAAUUUUAUCAAAGAAAAGUUUAAUAAGCAAAGUGGUAUUAUAUAUUGCUGCACAAAAAAAGACUCAGAAGAAUUAGCUAGUAAGCUAAAUAUAUAAUAUAAAAUUAAUGCAGCAUAUUAUCACGGAUCUAUGAAUGACAAAGAAAAAGAAUAAGUUCAAUAACUUUGGAUGUCAAAUGAUAUUUAAGUAAUAUGUGCCACAAUAGCUUUUGGUAUGGGUAUCGACAAGCAUGAUGUCAGAUUUGUCAUCCAUUAUACUUUUUCUAAAUCUAUCGAAAAUUACUAUUAAGAAGCAGGUAGAGCAGGAAGAGAUGGUAAAAUAUCUCACUGCAGAAUUUACUACUCUCCAAAAGAUAAAAAUUCUUUAGUCUUUUUGAUCACUAAUAAUGAAGGCAGCAAUAAAUAGAAAAAAGAAGAAUGCAUGGCUCAUUUAAGUAAAAUGAUAAGAUAUUGCGAAGAUACAAUUAAUUGUAGAAGGGUUUUGCAAUUAGCACACUUGGGUGAAAAAUUUGAACCUAAAUUUUGCAAUAAAAUGUGCGAUAACUGCAGAAAUUAAACUUCUAAAAGCAAUAUAAUACAAAAAGAUUUUACUUAAGAUUGCAAAAAUAUACUAUAAGAAUAUUUGAGUAUGUAUAAUAAAAACAUACAGCUGACUUAAAAGCAAUUAGUAGACGUUCUCAGAGGUAAAAAACUACAAAAAAAGGCAGGUUAAAACCUACUUAAAAUGAUUGAAAACAGCUCAAUCUAUAGUCUAUUAAAGAAUUAUGAUUAAUUAACUGUUGAAAAUAUUGUUAAAGAAAUGAUGUCUUAGGGUUAUUUGAGUGAAAAAAUUAAAAAGUUUCGUGCUUAUACUUAAGUAUUUCUUGAAGUAGUUAAGUCUAAGUAUAAUGAGUUAUGUAAUCCAAACAAAAUGACUGACAAAAUCAUGAUCAAUUAAGUAGUUUCUCAAAGCUCUAAAUCAAAAGUAGAUAGUCAAUUUUUAUUUGACAAAGAAUUAAUUGAUGAUAUUACAGAAUCAGAUUUACCUAAAGAGUAAGAAUUUUUUGAUUAAAAUAAAAAUCUCAUUUUUGAUGAUGAAGAAUCACUAUCUUAAAUGUCUGAAGGUGAUUUAAUAGAUUUAAUUGAUCUUGCAAAUAAGAAUAAAACUUCUUGCAACCAAAAUGAUUCGUCAGAUAACAUGUAAGAACUAAAUAAAUAGUAUAGCGAAGAUGAUUCAGACUUUUAAUUUUAAAUACCUUCUGAGAGAAACUAAUAAAGUAGAAGUGGGAUUAUUUAUGAAGAAAAUGAUGAAUAAAAUUAAAUUGGUCAAGCAUAUAGUGAGGAUUAUAACAGUCAAAAUAAAUAAGCUAAUGAAAAACUAAACUAAGAACAGAUAUAAAUUGAAGAGGAUGAUGAUGACGAUGAUGACGACGAUGAUGAUAUUUUACAAAUAGCAGCUAAAACAAAUCUUUUAGAAUAAAUAAAAAAAUAAAACACGAUGAGUGUAGAAAAAUAAAAUAGUUUGAAAGAAAAUUAUCUUUAUAAAUCUCCUCAAGAAUAAGAUAAUUUCUUUUCUGAAUUUAAAUUAGGCAAUAAUAACAAUAAACCUUAAACUUCUUUAGGAUAAACAGGUCAUAAGCCACCUUAAUAAAACAAUUAAAAUAUGAGCUCAUUGAAUAAUUUUAAAUUUUCUACAGGAAACAAUAAAUUAAAAUAAGACUAAGCUGAUCUUUUUUCAUUUAACUUUCAAAAACUUGCAAAAAAUUGA